AUGCGUAAUUUCAUAAUUCUUUUACUUUUACUGAUAGUUUUCGUAGAAAUUAGCCAGAGUGCGAGCAAAUUUUGUUUUCAACCUCUAAGAAAAGGACGAAGUGGUAAAAAAUGCAGAGCUGUUAUGCGUUGGUGGUAUGAUUCUAAAGCAAAACAGUGUAAAAGAUUUAAAUAUCUAGGAUGUGGAGGAAGUAGCAAUCGGUGGUUUAAUAAGGCUGAAUGUAGAAAGGAAUGCAUGGUUGUUAAUAAGCUUUUUAAAUAUAAUUUUUUUAUAAAUUUAGAGUUAAAUGAAUGAUUG